GAGCGGAUGUGCUUGGUUUCAGGACCGGAAGUGUUUGUGUGAGGCUGCAGCGUGAAAAACGCCGAGUUGAAACCGGGUCCGGGUUCAUCUGAUCCACAUUGUCCCCCUCGGUAACCGGAGACUGAGUUCCUGCUCCGGUACCGGCAGCUGCUGCUCGAGAGAAGACGGUCCGCCGUUAGCCGGUGGAGUGACGUCAUGGCGGCGGGAAGCGCGGCGGCGGUUGGUGACGUAGAAGAAGACGCGUCACAGCUCCUGUUUCCUAAAGAGUUCGAGAGCUCGGAGACGCUGCUGAACUCCGAGGUGCACAUGCUGCUGGAGCACCGCAAGCAGCAGAACGAGAGCGCCGAGGACGAGCAGGAGCUGUCCGAGGUCUUCAUGAAGACCCUCAACUACACCGCCAGGUUCAGCCGCUUCAAGAACCGGGAGACCAUCACUGCCGUGCGCAGUCUCCUGCUGCAGAAGAAGCUCCAUAAGUUCGAGUUGGCCAGUUUAGCCAAUCUGUGUCCCGAAGCUGCAGAGGAGGCCAAAGCCCUGAUCCCCAGUCUGGAGGGUCGGUUUGAAGACGAGGAGCUGCAGCAGAUCCUGGAUGACAUCCAGACCAAGAGAAGCUUCCAGUACUGAGACCAGGUCCAGCCCCACCACCCUUUUUUUUAUUAUCAGGACUGAACUGAUGGAUGCUGAUUAUGUGAUCCGAUGACAUCACAAUAAACUUUACUUUGUCUUUUUA